CUGAAAUUACAAUAGAUGGUAAAACUUUUGCGGAGAAAUAGCUGUUACUGAAAGCGAAGCUGACUUACGUGCCUUAGCUCAACAUUUGCCCCAGCGAAUUCUCAAGAAAUAUUUUAUCAUGGCGCCUAGCGAACGGGAGUCAAUGGGUUCGCCAUUUGUUUUUAUCCUCUCUGUGGGCGCGAUUCAAAUUUUCGGGAUCUUGGCCAUGGUUCUCACUGGCAUAUGGAUGGGAAAAUAUCUCGGUGGAUUUGCUUGGGAUGGAACAGCUUACGAGUUUAACUAUCAUCCUCUAUGUAUGGUUAUCAGUAUGGUGUUUUUAUACAGCGAAGGUAAGCUCAGAACGUUUUCGCGUUCGAACUCUCACAACAGCCCUUUUACAAUUACGUCUUGAACGCCCACGAAAAGUUGAUGAGAAUUAUGUAAUAUUUCACUCUCAAAAAUGCUGCUCAGAAGCUAAUACUUUUUACUUUAAUAUCUGUUGAAUUCUUUUUUAUUUUUAGCUGUGUCGUUAUCUGAAUUUGUUUCGUGAAUAUUUAAUGUCAUUUUCAAAAGGCCAGCAGCUGAAAUCUUAAACGCCCCAAAGGAUGCUGCGAUGGCUCCGCUUAAUCUUAUCAUCAUAGUGUUGACGGGUAGAUGGUGAUCCACAGAAUUAAAAGAAUAGGAUUAAAGUAAAUAACAGCAUUUAAAAUUUGAAAUGUUCUGAAUUUGAGAUUGCUCCUUGUACAAUGUACAUGUAUCUAUGUGUUCAAGAAGUACGAGUUGCAAUCGUUAAAUAUGCACGGGUAUCCAACCAAAACAAACGUAAUCAAGGAUGUUAUACACCUAUUUUCUAGAAUCUAUAACACGGAGAGAAAUCAAAACUUUCACAAUUUCUUUAAUUGCUGCUGGUACGAAAUGGGGCGGCUGUCAUAUCACUUCCCGCAGAUGCAAGCAAAACUUGAUUCAAUUUUAUUUUCGCCUGACACUCAGUUACCCAUCUGCAGCAAAGGCAUUCAUUGUGUGUCUUAGCUACAGUGCAUGUUCUUAAAAGAUUGAAUGAGAACCAUGGUGAAGUUUGUUAUAAAGGGUUACCGUGCUGCUUGUCAGAUGUUUGGUUUACAACCUAUAGAAUCUAAUUUGCCUUUACUUUCACAUUUCUCCGUACGUUCAUUGCGUUCUGAGCUACAGUACAUGUACGUAAAAAAUGUUUUGUCAUUUAGCAGGAAACUGACGCGUGCCAUUGUAACUGCAGCUGGGUUUUCUUAAAGUAUCAACGUUUAUAGUAAAAUGUGGCUACAUGUUGCAGAAUUCUCUAGUUUAAAUAAAACUCUUUUCACCUGAACAGUAGUAUUCAUAUUGUUCACACUGUUUUUUUUUUUUUUUGUUGUGUUACCAAAAAGGAGAAUUUGUUUGAUAAUCAGCAGCUCCUAAAAUUGGUGAUCAUUUUCUUUAUUCUUGAGACCUUUAAAUUUGAUUCAGUGGUGAUGCAUUCAGGAAAAAUCAUAGAAGCCAGUCUCCUUUAGGGGUUGGUUUUUCACAAUUAUCUUCUACCAUUAAAUUUUUUAAUGAAAACCAUGGUGAAGUUUUGUUAUUAAAGGUUACAUGCUUGUCAGGUGUUUGGUUUACAACUGACCACUUGUAAUUUCUCCUUACAUUUUUACCUUGCUGAAUCACACAUUUAGGUCAUUAGAAUAAAGGAAAUGAUUACCAUAUAAAAAAGCUAUUUAUUGUUAAGCAAAUUCUCCUGGUUAGAAUCUUAAGAAAUCCUGAGAGAACUGUAUGGAGAAUAUUCCUACUGAUGUUAGGGUGUAAAGGGUUGAAAUAAACUAGAGAAUAAUGGCACAGCGGCAAAAUGAGUGCACAUGCUUGUAACACGCAAGAAAUUUUUAUGCACGCAAAAGAAUGGGAACUACAAUAUUUCUGUAGUAACACUAUGGAGGCAAAUGGCUGCAUUUUUAAAAUUCUCAUUGUUUGUUUUCAUUUCAUGGGGAUAAGCCCAAAUCAAAACAGAUAAGGUUGCCAUUUUCAGGAAAGUUUCUGUCAAACCUCUUCUGUCACAUAUCUCACUCAACAAAAAAAAAAAAUGCAUUAAGGGGUAGAGCAUCUGUAUCAUGGCAAUGUUGGUCAUGGCACCUGUUAUCAUUUAAGCACUUUUUGUCCUUUCCUACUCAGUGGGCAAACCCCCUGGAAAAAAAAGUUUGUUGUCUCAGUGAAAAACAGCACACAUCAGUUUUGUUUCCAGAGAAAUAAUAAUGGCAACUCUGAAUACUCAAUUGGCUCAAGUAGCUGUUAGCAUGCGCACUCAUUUAGCUGCUGUGUUGAGGGAAACAAGGAUGAUUGAGAAUGGAGUUAAUGAAUAAGUCUUGUGAUUGUCAAACAUAAAAACUGAGCUGCAAAAAUCAUCAUAGCUACUUUAAACUAUAUCAAAUUUUUCAGAGAUGGGUUUGGCAAGCUCAUAUUACAGUAUGCUAUCACAUUCCCUUUUUGCAGCUAUGAUUGUGUAUCGAGUGUUUCGCCAUGAAAACAAAUUCUUCAUCAAGCUGGUUCACUUUGGUCUUCAGCUAGUAGCCUUUGUAAUUGCAGUCCUGGGUCUAAAGGCCGUGUUCGACUUCCAUAACCAUAAUGGAAUUCCUAAUCUCUACAGCCUCCAUAGCUGGUGUGGGUUGUCAACCAUAAUUCUCUUCUCUUGUCAGGUCAGUAAGUGAUGUGCAUGUUGUGAAAGUAGAUUUGAGAGAUAUAAGUUCAGGAGGCACUGCAGGAUAGAAUUAAUCAAAUUAGUUCUGUUUUCAGUGAUGUAUCUAAUCAGGUGAUUAAACACAUAGAAUAUCAUAUUUACCUGUGUAUAAUGCGCGUUUUUUUUCUAUAAAAAUAACCGUCAUAUAUAUAUAUAUAUUUAUAUUAUUUAUAAUUUUUAAUGAAUAAUAAUCUAUUUUGUUAACAAGUAGCUAACCCUUUAGUAUGUUAUGUAGCAUAAACUCACAGAGGCUGAUCACGAAGUGGGCUCCCAAACAUUUCAUCAAGCUUUGCAGCAGGGGCAGCAUUAGAAUUUGGUCCCACCCAUAAUUUACCUAGUGCUCUAAGAUUGAAAUUCACCAUUUUCCCCGCAUUUAGGAGCACAAACUAUACUUCAGUGACCCAGAAGUUAUCACUUUUUAGAACACGGAAACAAGAUUUGAUGCAGUACCCCAGUGCAUAAUUAGUUAUGGAUUAGAUCUACAUAUUUUGCUAGUUGAAAUGGAUGUAUUUUAUUUUUUAGAAAAUAUGUGAGGAAAAUGUCUUGUAAUUCUUUGGUUGAGAUUUAGACAGCAGUUCCACAAAGUUGUCUUAACAGCUGGUCAAUUUGUACUGUGCCUGGCCCCUUAAAUGAAACUCAUUGAAACCACGAAUUCUACUGAUAGACUGCUGAACAGAAUUAUGACUGGCUAAGGAAUUUGUCCUAUUUGUCUUAAUUACUUCAGCGCAACUGAAUUGGUCAUACCUUUUUUGCCUUUCUCUCCAGCUUCUUUUUGGUUUUGUGAGCUUUCUUUUCCCCAAGCUGCCAGACGGUCUUCGUGCAGCAUACCUUAAAGUACAUGUGUUCUUUGGUAUGUUUAUUUUUAUGAUGGUCAUUGGCACAGCGCUCAUUGGAAUCAACGAGAAGCUUUUCUUCCAGUUGAGCACAAAGUAAGUGAGUCAUGGACUGGUCAUUCAAUCCUUAAACUCCCUUGAGAGACCAAGACAGAAUUUCUCCUUACAAUAUCAUUACAAUAUCAAGCAGAAAAGUGAUGAGAUCGAAUAAGGAAAAAAUUCAAUCAGGGAAUUAUUAGUUGAUCUGAUACCAAAUUCUCCAAACUAACAUCAUAAAAAUUGUUUUUUAAACAAUUGUAAUUGUUAAUUACAAUAAAUCUUUGUAUGAACCCUUCCAUGAAGACAUGAGCCUCCUGUAUUAUUUAGCCUAGCUUUUUCAAUGAAUUCCUAUUAGUUUAAGGGUUUUUUAGAGUAGCUGGCAAGUAGGUGCUAUUGAGGUUGAUAAUACAUGAGCCUUUAGCUCAGUUCCUUUCAAAGAUUCCCUCUCAAUAUUUUACUUUUUUCACAUUGUUCUUUUUUUUUUUGCAUUCCAUCCUCAAAUCCUCUGACUUCAUUCUGUGUUGAGAGUGGAGAAAGACAAACCAGUAGUUCAUAGUCCUCACAACAUUUAAAAUAGAAUACACACAGUAUAUAUGCUGUAGAACUUGUCAAGAGCUACAUGUGAUACUGUAGGUAGGGGAAGGGUAUAUUCUCUCCAAAUAGACACAGUACAUACAGUAUACAUGUGGGCACAGUGUUAAUUUAUGAUUUGGGUGUAUCAUGUUGUAAGGAGAAAUUAGAUACUAGUCACUCUUAGGGUUAACCUAUUGACUCCAAAAGUGACCAAGUGAUGAGAGUAAAGAAAAAUGUCACUUGAGGGAUUACUAGUUUAUCAAAAUUAAUUCCCAAAUUCUCCAAACUAAUUUCGUUAUAUUUAAUAUUGUAGAGAGUAAGGAGAAUUAUUGAAUGGGGGUUCUUGCGAAUGAAAGGGUUAAAUCCAAGAGGUUAUAUGGCUUGGUAAUAAAAUCAGUUUUGAUACUGGUGAUGCAGCUAGGCUAUCUUAUGUACUUUAACAGUAGCCAAGCAAUUAGCAAAUUCUUAGGCUCUUAAUUUGAAUAACAAAUGGAAUUGGUAGUAUUGAUCUGCCAGUGGAAUGUGCUUGUUUUUUGUUCUUCCACUGUUUACUUUUCUUCUGACUACACCUUUCAUCUACCUUUCAUUGCCAAAUUGAGCUGACAGUAAGUUAAUUUUUGCAGAUAUUCCACACUACCUGCUGCGGGGCAACUAGGCAAUGUGCUGGGCAUCACACUUAUCAUUUUAGCUGGCACAGUCAUGUUUGUGGUGACAAACUCUGCAUUCAAGAGGGUUGACACAGAUGAAGAACGUGUGUCCUUGAUGAAUGACAAAUAAUUGAACAAUAUUCAUUAUUUUACAGUGGAGCCUUGUUAUCUUGAAUCACCAGUAUAGAGAAUAUAUGAUCACACUUUCAACACAUUAUCCAACAAAAAGGUAAUGAGAGUGAAUAAAUAUAUGAGCUGGAGGCUGUUUGCUUGAUACAAAACCAAAUUCUCUAACUUCGUUUAAAAAGAGAUUCAUAGUGGCCCGAAGGGAGAAUUACUAAAUCAUGAUCAGAUCAUGGAAUAGUUGAAUCCACCCCUGAAAUGUGUCCUUGUGUGUGUGGUGAGAAAAAGGUUAAGAUAUUAAGGGCUUGAGAUAUCCAGACUCCACUGCAUUAAAAAUAUUGAUUUUAAAAAUAAUAGUUAUUUGAAGGAUUGUUUGAGCCGCAAAAGAAAAAUAAUCUUUACUUAACCUUUUAACUCCCAAAAGUAAUUAACAUGCAACUUCUCCCUAAAAUAUCAGUACAUUUUUCAGCAAACACGUUAUGAGAAUGUUCAAACUUAUUAGGUAGAAUUUGUUGUAUUCAUCUUACCCCAAAUUUUCACAACUAAUUUACAAGGAAAUGUGUAGCAGCUGGAGGGGAGAAUUAGCAAUCAGAUCUUGGGAGUUAAAGGGUUAAGAGACCAGAUAACAUGCCUUGAAUGGAGUGGUGUUCUGAAAACAGAUUUUGCAGUUUGCAUUAGGGACCUAUAAUAAUUUUUACAGUUGUCUGUUCAAGCAGCUUAACGAAAUUAAAGAAGCAAAAUUGUAACUUUUUCAAAUUUUGUGACUUGUUGAGUUAUGUAGUGAGGAGCUUCCUGUUUCGUCAACUGGAGAAGUGCAUUGUUAGUAAGGUUGAAUGAGCAACAUUCAAAUCAACACAUCAAGACUAAUAGAAGUAUUUGAAAGGAUUUUUUUUGGGGGGGGGGAGGAAUUUUUUUUUUUACAGAUUAAGAGCAAUCUCUGAAAUUGACAAAAAUAAAGCACUGUCAAUUUUAUCAUGCUCCAUCACCAUGGUAACAGCUAUGUACCCAGUGGAUAGUGAUGUUUAUUGUCUAAACAGUCAGGACCAAUGGUGGAUAAAUUUUAGGUAUAUAUUAAAUUUCCAGUCAUAAAAAAUUGAGAAUACAGUAUUAUAGAGCUUAAAAGAGGGAUGAUUAAUUUAUUAGUUGCCCAUAAAUGACUAACCAGGAAAUGAAAAACCAUUUCAUUGAAUUCAUUGUUUAUUUUGUAAUUUGUGAUGGUCUGCUAGUGCUGAUAGUAAUGGGUUUAACUCCAUGAGCUAUCAUUAUGUUAAUGGUAUUUUAAGUAAUAUUUUUCAUGCUAAUAUACGAAAAUUGUUUUGUUUACUGAAAUGGUUAAAAUGAGUGCCAUCCCCUGGACAAGAGGCUUGGCCAAUUGUUACUUUAUUUAUCUAUUUAUUGAUGUCUCUAACACAUACAUUCCAUUACAAAGUUGUGGUGUAAUUGUCUCUCAGCAAUUUCAAGGCUUACAAGUGAAAAUUUAAAUGUAGUUUCUAUAAAUGUUCCCAUAUUUGCUAGCAGAAUGUUAUAUUAUGAAAAUUAAGUGUGCCCUUUGAAAGGGCUUGCAAAAUCAUUUUAGUUCAGAGGGCUCUAUUCCUGAAAAAAAAAAAAAAAAAAAAAAAAAAAAAAAAAAAAAAAAAAUGAGGAUGAAUAGUUAUGAUUGUUUUUACAUCAAAAAUAAAUGAGAACAUACUUCCAUUACCUCCCCAAAUAAAUUAUAUGCAAUCUUCUGGACACUAAGAUUGAAUUAUUAUGCUUGCCACAGCCUGUUUAAGGCAUUUGAGUUGUUUAUAUAUUUACUCUUUUACUCUCAAGUGACCAGCUUCUAAUUUCUCCUUACAUUAGCAUACCUGAGUCAAACAUUAAGGUCAUGAGAAUCUAGGAAAUGAUUGCCAACUUUUAAAGCUCUUGAUUUUUAGACAAAUUCUCCUUGUCAGUGCUUGAGGAAAUGUCUAGAGUUCAAUAUGGAGAAUAUGCGUACUGAUGUUCAGAUGCAAAGGGUUAAAGGUAGGCCAUGGGAUAUUAUAGUAAUAAUUAUUGUAAUAUUAUUAUCAUUAGUCAAUUAUUUUCAUGUUGUCUGAAAAGAUCUGAUUCAGUAUCUUAGAAUAGAAUAAAGAU